GAUAGAAGACGAGUUUAUGCUAUUUUAGAAAGCGAAGGAAUUGAAAUACCUCGUUACGCCGUUUUAGAUCGUGAUUCAGCGGAUCCCAAACUUGAGUCUGAAGAUCAUGUUGAAGUUAACGGCGUGACAUUCAAUAAGCCAUUUGUGGAGAAGCCAGUGUCUGCUGAAGAUCAUAAUAUUUAUAUUUAUUAUCCGACUUCUGCUGGUGGCGGCAGUCAAAGAUUGUUUCGUAAAAUUGGGAGUCGAAGCAGUGUUUACUCACCAGAAUCCCGUGUCCGUAAGACUGGUUCCUAUAUUUACGAAGACUUUAUGCCCACUGACGGUACCGACGUUAAAGUUUAUACAGUAGGACCUGAUUAUGCUCAUGCGGAGGCAAGGAAAAGCCCAGCCUUGGAUGGAAAAGUUGAAAGAGAUUCUGAGGGAAAAGAAAUACGCUAUCCGGUUAUCCUUAGCAAUGCUGAGAAAUUAAUUAGUCGAAAAGUUUGUCUUGCCUUCAAACAGACUGUUUGUGGAUUUGAUCUUCUCAGAGCCAACGGGAAAUCAUUUGUAUGUGAUGUCAACGGGUUUAGUUUUGUAAAAAAUUCAAAUAAAUAUUACGAUGACUGUGCUAAAAUAUUAGGCAACAUGAUACUACGUGAACUAGCACCAACGUUACAUAUACCGUGGAGUGUGCCUUUUCAAUUAGAUGACCCGCCAAUUGUACCAACAACAUUUGGAAAAAUGAUGGAACUGCGAUGUGUGGUAGCGGUAAUCAGACACGGUGACCGUACUCCAAAACAAAAAAUGAAAGUUGAAGUGCGGCAUCCAAAAUUUUUUGAGAUAUUCAAAAAAUACGAUGGAUAUAAACACGGUCAUGUUAAAUUAAAAAGGCCUAAACAGUUGCAAGAGAUAUUAGACACUGCGAGGAGUUUGCUGACUGAAAUUCAACACCGUGCUGCUGGGCCCGAGUUGGAAGAAAAGCAGGGAAAAUUGGAACAACUUAAAAGUGUCUUGGAAAUGUACGGGCAUUUUUCAGGAAUCAAUCGUAAAGUACAAAUGAAGUAUCAACCACGUGGUAGACCACGCGGAAGCUCGUCCGAUGACGAUCGUUUGGGUGAACCAUCACUAGUAUUGAUAUUGAAAUGGGGUGGUGAGUUGACACCAGCCGGAAGAAUUCAAGCAGAAGAAUUGGGCCGCAUUUUUCGUUGCAUGUAUCCAGGUGGUCAAGGUAGACACCUUAGUGGAGAAUAUGCAGGCGCUCAAGGUCUUGGAUUAUUGAGAUUACAUUCAACAUUCCGACAUGAUUUGAAAAUUUACGCGAGCGAUGAAGGAAGAGUUCAGAUGACUGCUGCUGCUUUCGCUAAAGGAUUGUUAGCGUUGGAGGGUGAACUCACCCCGAUUUUAGUACAAAUGGUUAAAAGUGCUAAUACUAAUGGAUUAUUGGAUAAUGAUUGUGAUAGUAGCAAGUAUCAAAAUAUGGUGAAAACAAAAUUACACGAAUUAUUACAACAAGACAGAGAAUUUACAAAAGAAGACAGAGAACAAAUAAAUCCCGGUAAUGCAAUAAGUAUUAAUGAUGCGUUAGAUUUUGUAAAGAAUCCAGUGAGAUGUUGUCAGCAUGUACAAAUGUUAAUACACAAACUGAUGGAUAUUGUACGAAUUAAAAAAGAUGAUCCCAAAACAAAAGAAAACUAA